CACGGGAUCCGUUCGUUUUGAAGGCUAGAUCACCUGCCGGCCCGGAAUAUCCUGCAUUCCCGGGCGAUUUCUCGAUUGCCGUUCUCGGACAGUUCUUUUGCACGCGAUCGCUUCCUUUGCUUCUGCUGGCUAUCUCCAACAUACUUUCGGGCGCAUUCGGUGUUUUUAAGCUCGUCGCAAACACCCAGAAUCAUGUUCUAUGAUCUCAACCUGCCCUAUGCCUCGGACGAUCCCGAGAUUUCCAAUACCUUAAGUUUUCUUGCAGAACUUGGUUACACCACCGUUGCUCUAUCCCAGUCCAUUAGUGGAAAACUUCCUUCAAACCCUACUCCCCCGCCUGCACCAAAGAAUGUUCCCAAGGGCCUGACGCUCCUAACUCGCCUGAACCUGACCCUCUCCGACCCCGCGCAGAACCAGCGACUUGCCAGCCUGACUCAGGUUUAUGAUCUCGUCGCAAUAAGGCCUACCAAUGAAAAGGCGCUCUUGAACGCAUGCACCAAUCUCGAGUGUGAUAUAAUUUCCCUGGAUUUCUCCAUACGACUGCCCUUCCACUUUAAAUUCAAGAUGGUGUCCGCUGCUAUAUCACGUGGGGUUCGGUUUGAGAUCUGCUAUGGACCAGGAAUCACAGGGAGCGGAAUUGACGCUCGCCGCAACCUAAUCGGGAAUGCGAUAUCGUUAAUACGAGCCACGCGCGGCCGGGGGAUCAUCAUAUCGAGCGAGGCGCAGCGAGCCCUGGCUGUUCGGGCACCAUGGGAUGUGAUCAACCUGGCGUGCGUUUGGGGUCUUUCGCAGGAGCGUGGCAAAGAGGCAAUCUGCGAGGAAGCCCGGAAGGUGACCGCCUUGGCCAAGCUGAAGCGGACCAGUUGGCGAGGUAUCAUCGAUAUUGUGGAAGGGGGAGAAGCUAAGACGAAAGCGGACGGACCGGCGCAGAAAAAGUCCCAGGAGGCCACGGGUGACAACUUGAAGAGGAAAGCAUCAGUGGGGUCGGAGCCAACAGGCGAGGAGGCGGAGAAACCGCUUUCCAAGCGCGAAAUGAAGCGCCGGGCCAAGAAGGCUCGGUUGGAGUCUGCCGGAGCUUGAGCGAGUUCAGCUGAGGGAACCUUAUGUGCUACAGCGGAGCAAGGGCGCGCUUGUCGAUUGCUCGGAUUGCUCGCGGAUCCACAUUCCUCGCCUAUCGUCUGCAGGCUGACUCUAGGGGCCUUGUGCCGGUCAGGCUGUCAGCUUGCUGGUGCGACUGACAGUAGACAAAUGACGAAAUGAAUCCCAAGAGAGCUAGCUGCGAGAGUCCAGGACCUCGGAUAUCAUCGAAGUUACAUGGACUUUUGACAGGAACAGACUCCUGACAUCUGGCAUCACCACAGCGCUUGAAUCUAUGGAGUGCACUUGUGUGCUCGAAGAUUCAAUACCGGUGUGAUUAGCCGCAGCUAGCCUUACCAUUAGACUUUAGGCAUAUUAAAGUCGCCCAUGUAACGAAUCAACGCUAAUCAAAUGACAAAUUACCGCGUCCGUGAAUAUACAUAGCGUCAUUCUUUUAGAUUAGGCACUCAUUGUGCUUUCCAUAUAUACUAGACUGCAUCGGACUUCGAUUCGAGAAUCAAUGUUCAU